UUUCUAACCAGCAUGCAACCAUUGCACUAAUCAAUCUAAUUUCUUUCAGUCCAGUUGAUCAGUAGACAGACCUACGGAGCAGAGAGUUAUUGUGUGUGUGUCUGUAUGUAUUGUGAGUGUGUUAGUGAUUUUGAAUUUUAGGAAUUUCAUCAGAUGUCUGAGAUGAUUAUGUACAGAAUUAUUUAAACUGGGUAUCAUAAGUUGAAUUAAUCCAUCUUUAAAGUAUUCAACAGAAAACAUAUUACCAGGUAACUUACUAAAGAGUUGAAUAAGAGAUAUUACAUCAGUUGCUGUGGUUGUAUGUUGAAGGUGUAUUGAUCUGUUGUUGUGUUGAGGUGCUCAGUUAAACAGUUGUAUACUCAGUUGUUGAGUUGUAGUUGUGAAUAUUUAUUUUAUAUCAGUUCAGUGUACAGUAGUGUUCAGUUGGUGUAAGUAUUUGUUGUGAAGUGACAGAAGUUGUUAGUAGAAAUGUCUGAUCAAGAUAAACAAAAGGGUAGUGAGGAUGUGUCCUCAGCAGAGGAAAAGAAACUUGAUUUUGCUGGUGUUGCAACCAGUACCCCCAAAACCACAAAAGAUGGUAAAGAUGGUAAAACCACAAAAGAUGGUAACCCUUCAAAAACCACAAAAGAUGGUAAAACCACAAAAGAUGGUGACCCUAUUAAAACAUCAAAAGUCAGUGACCCUAUAAAAUCAGAGGUAUCUGUACCUUCAGAACAGAGUGCAAAACCAAAGGUAUCUGUACCUGAUUACAAUGCACCGGCUUUGCAUCAGGGACAGAAACACAAUCCCUUUGCAAAGUUGGCAUGUAAUUUUGGUGACACUAGUAAUAGCAGUAGCAAACUUCAAAAUACCUUUUAUGACAAGGAUGGUAAUAGCAUUAAUCAGGUGUAUGAAUUUAAUACAAACAUCCCAAGAAUCCCACAAUUCUCAGGGGAUGACCCUCCUCAAAAGGGGGAUGUUUCGUACAAAGAAUGGAGAUUCGAGGUACAGUGCCUGAUGCGUGACCCUGAUGUUAAAUCAAAUAUUCUGAUACAAAGUAUUAGACGGUCAUUAAGGGGUACAGCAAAAACAAUGUUGAUUCCGUUAGGUGAGAAAGCAGGCGUUAAGCAAAUUUUAGAUAAACUUGACAUUUUGUUUGGUGAAAUUUCCAACAAUGGCAUGAUUAUGCAAGAAUUUUUCAAUGCUUUUCAACUACCGGGUGAGUGUGUUACAUCAUUUGGUUGUAGAUUGGAGACUAUGCUACAAAAUGCUAUUGAUAGUGGUUAUCUUGAUCGUGCAUCUAAGAAUGACUUGUUAAGACAUAAGUUUUGGACUUCAUUAAGUUCAGAGAAGCUUAAGGCUCAAACGAGACAUAAAUAUGAUGACAUCAAGAAUUAUGACAGGUUGUUGUUAGAGAUUAGAAGGGUAGAAAAAGAAAUCUUGAUAAGUUCUAGCACUUCAGAGAAAAAGCCUGUUCAUCAGCAUGGAAUGUCAGUAUCUGAAGACUUAGAGGAGAAGUUAAUGGAGAAGAUGAGGAACAUGGAGACAAAAUUAGAAGGUAAGAUAAAUGACAAGUUCAACCAGAUACUAGAGAAAUUGGAUGGUAGAACCAGUAAUGUAUCAGGUGGAGCUAAUGAAAACAGAGGUAGAGGUGGUUACUACAGAGGACGUGGAGUUUGGAGAGGCAACUCUAAUCAGUAUAGAGGUAAUUCCAAUGACAGAAGGUUGAAUGCUGGUCGAGGUCAAGGUCAGAGACGAGGUCAAGGAGGAAGUACAGGUAAUUAUAACCCAAACGCCUAGAGGUCUCUGAUGAAGGCCGACCGGGGACCAGGAUUUCAUGUGAAGGCCAGCAAUUAAAAUGCAAAAUGAUUGGUGAGUCAAAUGAGACUAUUGUUUUUAUGAAUGAUAAUUCUUUUACAGGUCUUGUUGACAGUGGAUCAAUGGUAACAACAUUGUCAUUUUCAGGUUACAAUUCCAUGAAAAAUCAACCAGAGUUAAAGGAUUUAUCUAACUUAGGGUUAGAGGUGUCUGUCGCAGAUGGUUCUCUAUUGAAAUACAAGGGAUAUAUAGAGUGUACUGUAAAAAUUCCAUUUAUGGAUGUAGAGUUAUUUGUCCCUGUUUUAAUUGUACCAGACACUGAUUUCAAUAGAACAUGUUCUGUGAUCAUUGGAACUAAUGUGUUGAGAAUUUGUAGAGAUUUGUUGGGUGAAGAUUCCAAUGAAAUGAAAAUAGCUCCAAAGGAAUGGAGAGUAGCAUUAAAGAGUAUGAAGGGUAAGUGUUACCAUGUCAAAUCAGUGUGUAAGAAACCUAUUACGGUACAACCUAAUGAAUCUACUGUAGUUAAGGGUCGAGUUAAAGGUUUACCGGGUAACAACAUGACAAUGGUUUCUGAAAACUGUGAUAAUAUUGACAGGUUUACAGUUUGUCCAAGGGUAGUUAAGUUUUCUACACCUACUACAAAGUCUACAGUGCAAAUCAAGAUUUGUAAUAUAUCUGCUAAACCCAUUUCAAUUAGGCAUGGCACUGUACUUUGCAAUCUCCAAGAGGUAAAGGUUGUAGAUAAUUUUCCUGCAUUAAAACCCAAAUCUGAGGUGUGUGACCCUAUUGAACUUGGAGUUAAGGUUGACUCAAGUGUACUUACUGAAGAUCAGUUCAAUACUGUGAGAAAUAUUCUAAAACAGUACAGUCACAUAUUUUCCACAGGUCCAUUAGAUCUUGGUAGAACUGAUUUAGUCAAACAUUCAAUUGAAUUAGAGGACACAAAACCGUUUAAACAACCGUAUCGCAGAAUUCCUCCGGGUAUGUAUGAGGAAGUCCGUCAACACGUGCGUGAGAUGUUAGACGCCGGAGUCAUUCGCGAAUCUAAUAGCAAUUAUUCCUCAAACGUGGUACUGUGUCGGAAAACGGACGGAUCAUUGCGGUUUUGUCUUGACAUGAGAAUGCUAAACUCAAAAACGCGCAAGGAUUGCUAUAUGCUUCCUCGGUUUGAUGACGUCAUAGAUACCCUGUAUGGAGCCAAGUUUUUCAGCAAACUCGACCUACGAUCAGGCUAUUGGCAGGUAGAAAUUGAGGAGAAAGAUCGGCACAAAACAGCAUUUUCGGUAGGUAAUCUAGGUUUCUAUGAGUGCAACAGAAUGAGCUUUGGAUUAACAAAUGCUCCUGCAACUUUCCAAAGAUUGAUGGAGAAGUGCAUGGGAGAUAUGCAUUUGAAAGAAUGUUUAAUCUUUUUGGAUGAUGUGCUCAUAUUUUCAAAAACAUUCGAAGAACAUUGUGUUAGACUUAAAAAUGUGUUUACAAAAUUAGCUCAACAUGGAUUAAAAUUAAAGCCAUCAAAAUGUGAAUUAUUCAAAACUUCUGUUACUUAUUUGGGACAUGUAAUUUCAGAAAGUGGUAUCCAAACAGACCCAGAGAAAUUAUCCGCUGUUCGUGAUUGGCCGACACCUUCCAACAUUAAACAACUCCGCCAAUUCCUAGGAUUUGUGGGAUACUAU